AUGCCUGAUAAGACGCUUAACCAACGGCGAAACGCGCCGCAUAGCGGCGAGUGUGGUGAUGUUAAUUCCAUUGAAAGUAUAACCGAAGAUACGACAAGCGAGAAAAUUCCAAGCGGUGAUUUAGAUUGGGUCGAUUCAGCAUUACAGAGUCGUAACGACCGCGAAAUCUUAACCAAGUCAAAAACAAAGAAAAAGAAGAACAAACUCUCCAAAGGUAAAGGUCUCGACCAGUUGGAUGGUGUGCCGUCCGCCAACAAGGAGGAGAAUAAAAAUGAAACACCCGAAGAAGAUGAGAAAGUGGUCAAGUGUUUGUAUUAUACCCUGAUUUGUUGUGAUUGUUCGCUACAAUAG